UUGCCUCUCGUUUGUCCUCUACGGGAAGGCCGUAGCAGAUUCUCUUCAACCUCAUGGCUAUAUAAACGCCAUACUCCUAUCUCCAAGAUGGACCGGCCUGCCCCAAGUCGCCCUCUCGCUUCUAAUUUUAAGUCCCCACCAUGAAGGUCUCGUCUCUUCUCUCCACCGCGGUUCUCGCCACCAGCGUUUCCGCACAUACCAUCUUCCAGAAGGUUUCAGUCAAUGGCGCCGAUCAAGGACAAUUGAAGGGCGUUCGAGCUCCCGACUCGGAUUACCCGAUCCAGAACGUGAACGAUGCGAGCUUUGCUUGCAACAAGGACCUCCGACAUAAAGACAGCACCGUCAUCUCUAUCCCGGCUGGCGCGAAGGUUGGCUCUUGGUGGGGUCAUGUUAUCGGCGGUGCUCAGUCCGCGGGAGAUCCUGAUCAUCCAAUUGCAAAAAGUCACAAAGGACCUAUCAUUUACUAUCUUGCCAAGGUCAGCGACGCCGCUUCGGCCGGCACAACCGGGCUACAGUGGUUUAAGGUUGCCCACGAAGGCUUAAGCAACGGUAAAUGGGCCGUCGACAACAUGAUUUCGAAUGGCGGCUGGCACUACUUCACGAUGCCCAGCUGUGUCGCGCCCGGGGAUUACCUUAUGCGAGCCGAACUCAUUGCCCUACAUGGUGCUCAGACGUCGGGAGGGGCCCAAUUCUAUAUGGAAUGUGCGCAGAUCCGUGUCACCGGCUCCGGGACGAACACUGGAAGCAACUUGGUCAGCUUCCCUGGAGCGUACCGAGCGAACGACCUCGGGAUCCAAGUUAACAUCUACGAUAAUACGGGUUCGCCGUAUAUGGGUGGCAAGCAGUAUCAGAUUCCCGGGCCGGCGCCGCUUACUUGCUCGGGUGGGAAUGGCGGUGGAAGCACUGACACGACAAAUCCAGCUCCUGUUACUAACCCUCCGGUUGAUCAGGCGGGACAGACGUUGUGGGGUCAGUGCGGUGGAUUGACGUGGACGGGGCCGACGACAUGCGCUUCUGGAACUUGCAAAGUUAGUAGCGAGCACUACAGCCAGUGCGUACCGUCGUAGAGAGGUUUUCAUUUCGCUGCAUCAUAGCGGUAUGAUUUGGCGGAGGUGGAAGCGGGAUCCCAACAU